UUAGGGUUUCCUAGUCUCACUGAAACCAAGACAUUCCUGGUUGCGGCUCUUGGUCCCUGCCAUCUUCCCUCUCUUAUCUCGUUCCAUAGACCUUAUUUUAAAGAGGAAGCAUGUCUCAUCGCAAGUUUGAACACCCAAGACAUGGCUCUUUGGGAUUUCUUCCAAGGAAAAGAGCAGCCCGCCACAGAGGAAAAGUGAAGGCCUUCCCAAAAGAUGAUCCAACCAAAUCUUGCAGUUUGACUGCUUUCCUGGGAUACAAAGCUGGAAUGACCCAUAUUGUGAGAGAUGUUGAAAAACCAGGAUCAAAGCUACACAAGAAGGAAACAUGUGAAGCAGUUACAAUUAUUGAAACACCGCCAAUGGUGGUGGUUGGGGUUGUUGGUUAUGUGAAGACUCCCCGUGGUCUCCGUUCUUUGGACACAGUGUGGGCUCAGCAUCUGAGUGAGGAGGUGAAGAGGAGAUUCUACAAGAACUGGUGCAAGUCUAAAAAGAAGGCAUUCACCAAGUACUCAAAGAAAUUUGAGAGCGAAGGUGGGAAAAAGGAUAUCCAGGCUCAGUUGGAGAAAAUGAAGAAGUACUCCUCUGUGAUUCGUGUUUUGGCUCACACUCAGAUUAGAAAAAUGAAGGGAUUGAAGCAGAAGAAAGCCCAUCUGAUGGAGAUUCAGGUGAAUGGUGGAGACAUUGCAAAGAAGGUUGACUACGCUUACAGUUUGUUUGAGAAGCAGAUUCCUGUUGAUGCUGUUUUCCAGAAGGACGAGAUGAUUGACAUUAUUGGGGUGACCAAGGGGAAGGGUUACGAGGGUGUGGUGACACGUUGGGGUGUGACCCGGCUUCCACGUAAGACACAUCGUGGGCUGCGGAAGGUAGCCUGUAUUGGUGCCUGGCAUCCAGCUAGGGUUUCAUUUACUGUUGCCAGGGCUGGGCAGAAUGGUUACCAUCAUCGUACUGAGAUGAACAAGAAGAUUUACAAGCUUGGAAAGGCUGGGCAAGAGUCACACUCUGCAAUGACUGAGUUUGACAGGACUGAGAAGGAUAUUACACCAAUGGGAGGUUUCCCACACUAUGGUGCAGUGAAAGAGGAUUAUCUUCUAAUGAAGGGCUGCUGUGUGGGUCCUAAAAAGCGGGUUGUUACCUUGAGGCAGUCACUUCUGAAGCAGACAUCUAGGGUUGCUUUGGAGGACAUUAAGCUCAAGUUUAUUGAUACGUCAUCCAAAUUUGGCCAUGGUCGUUUCCAAACUACCCAAGAGAAGGCUAGGUUCUACGGCCGGCUGAAGGCUUAAUUUGGCAUUAGUGAUAGAUCAACAGUUAUCCCUUUUUUGUUGUUUGAUCAUUAGUUAUUCAAAUACACAAUGCUUUUAGUUUAGUUUCCAAGUUUUGUGAGCAUUCAAUUUUGGGAAAGAUUUAUGGUUGUUUGUU